AUGGCCCAAGAUGCAGAACUCGCCAAGGAGCUGCCUCUUGCUGGGGUGAUUCUUUGCUGCACUUCAAUUCUUGCAGAGCACCGAUCUCAAUUGGCGGAUAUAGCAUGCCAGAUGGGCGCGAUCCACAAGUUCGAUCUUACCUCUGAUGUCACGCACCUGAUAGUCGGCGAUAUAAACACGCCAAAAUAUAAAUAUGUGGCCAAGGAACGAAAUGAUGUGAAAGUUCUUCGAGCUGAAUGGGUAGAAGCUGUCCGGUCUUCAUGGAUUCUAGGUGGAGACACGGAUAUUCGGACCCUGGAGGUGGAAUAUCAACUUCCCCCAUUCUUUGGGCUAUCCAUUUGCAUUACUGGGUUUGAAGAUAUGGAUUUUAGAAAUCACCUUCAGAAGACUGUCAGUUCUAACGGAGGUGAAUUUCGGAAAGACUUGACGAAAACCGUUACCCAUUUAGUUGCGCGUGUUGGCGACGGUAAAAAGUACAAGUUUGCAGUUUUAUGGGGAAUAAAAGUUGUGAGCCUAAAGUGGCUUGAGGAUAGCAUUCAACGUACUAUGGCCCUCGAUGAAGCUCUCUAUGACCCUCUAAUGCCGGUAGAACAACAAGGCAUCGGCGCAUGGAACAGAUCGAAGCCUGCUAUUACCGAGAAAAUUACUAAACCCCAAGAGACUGGCCAUCAACGUGCCCGGAAGCUACGUAGAGUUGCUAGCAUCAAACUUGGUGGCCAGACUGAAGGAAUAUGGUCUGCCCUUGUUCCGAACCCUUCCACGGUUGUCGACAACAAUGACGGCUCGCAAUAUGACGGUAGCCAGCAGUUGGUGGGGAAUGCGCGCCCAAACUUGCUGGAUACAAAAUCAUUCGCCAGCGAAACUACAUUUCCGGAGAGACAUGAUAGCGUAUCACACGAUAUCAAACCUUCUCCAGUAUUGCCGAUUGUCGAACAGCAGCCGAGAGGGUUCUGGGAUAAUUGUAGAUUCUACAUGACAGGGUUUACAAAAGAGCAAGCACGGAUAUUGGAAUCCCAUCUUUUCGCGCAGGAUGCUCUUAUUUCUCCAUCCUUGGACGAUUUAUUGCAGCAUGAUAAUCAGUUAUUCAUGGUUGUCCCAUUUAACUUGCCUCGACGAGAAAUACCGGGGAUUGACGAAGACAUGGAUGAACUUAAAAUUGUCACAGAUAUGUGGAUUGAAAGAUGUCUACGUAGCCAUGCGUUCGUUGCCCCAGAGGCCCAUAUAACCAGCACCCCUUUUCCAAAAUUCCCCAUCCCAGCAUUCCAAGGAAUGAGAAUCUGCUCGACAGGGUUCACCGGGAUCGACUUACUUCAUCUCUGCAAACUUGUUAAUCUAUUAGGCGCAACGUAUGAUGAAUACCUUACGGCCAAUGCCUCCGUUCUAAUAUGUAACACCACAAGCCCAAGCCCAGAAAAAUUAAGACACGUGUUUGAAUGGAACAUACCGCCUGUGAUUGCAGAUUGGCUAUGGAUAUCCGUCCAGACUGGAGAAAAGAAGCCAUAUGCGCCAUAUUUGAUCCCAGAUAAGCGCACGGUUUCUCAGGGAGGCCAUAAGCCAUCAGAAUCACACCUAGCAGGGCAUCGGCUUGAGAACCCUCUGCCUCUCGACCAUUAUUCCUCCGACCACAGUAAUACACAUCAAACCUCCGAAGAAAUGGAUGGAGGACAAUUCAACCCACCAGAGACCGAGGCUACCAAUGACCGACCUUCAACCGCCCUUAGAGAGGUUUCUGCAAACCUCCCAGUAAAACCUUCUCGCUCCCCAUCCCCCUCAAAGGAGUCUAUCCCACCAAAUCCACCAAUUUCCCCAAUACCACUCCCACAACGAGACUCCACUUCCAAACCCACAAACAAUCUCGAGAACAGUAUAUCUCUCAAUACCGCAAUUAGUGAACUUUUAAAACAGAAAAGAACACGAACCCAACACUCUACCGCUGAGACGGAAGUCCCUGUCCGCUCCCAAAGACGACGAAAGCUAUUUGGUAGAGCCAGCUCCUCAUGUUCUACCCUAACGACUGAUUUACAACGGGGUAUAUCCAGAGCAAGCUCGAUAGACACUUUAAACGAAGACGGCUACGGUAGCGUAGUCGACGGGCUCGAUAGCCCAUCCACUAAAACACCCAGCAAUGCACCAAGUUUUAUCUCAAUGCCCGCUCAAAGACGCGAUGUCAGUCGACCGGAACAAAUAGAAGCGCAGCAAAUGCUACAGCGCCGGCUUGCUUUAUUUCAAAGCAAUUCUGCUAAUGGAGAAUUUGCCGAGAAGGGUGCUGGUGAAGACGAACCCUUACCUCUCACACAGCUUGGGUAUGAAGAUCCAGACGCUGUAGCAAUGCGUGAAAUGAUCAGCAACCAGAGUCAAAAGGACAAUACAGCUGAAGGAAAUGGGCCGCCCGGCUCUCGUGCAGGCAAAAAGCUAAUCAUUGGGAAAAUACAGGAUGGUUGGGGAGGUGGGAGAAGAACAAGAUCUCGCAAGUCGGGUGGUUAA